UUUUCAUAAUAUGCACUGCAGCUGAUUAGUCAACUGUAGUCGUAGUCAAGUUAAAAAGAUGACAAGAAACAUGUUUUUAUAACUAACAAACUGCUACGUUCCAUUUAAAUAAUAAAUACAUAUAGACAUAUAUGUAUAUAUAUAUAUAAUUACUAACCCAAUAUUUAUUGUUAUAAUAAAUAUAUAAAAGUGCAAUAUAUACAAUCAAGUGUUCAGUGAUCGUGAAUUAUAAUUAAUAAAUAAUAAAAUACUAUUUUGCUGGUAUUUAAAAACAAGUGUUGAAUUAUCUACAGACGCCAUGAUGGACGGAAUCUGUGAUAAUGCAGACAUUUUAAAUACUGCGCCUUCUAAAAAGGUUAUUCAGUCGGACAACAUUGACUUGAGUGACAAGUCAUUGCAAGUUGACAUAUCAGACGCACUGAGUGAAAAAGACAAAGUUAAAUUUACGGUCCAUACAAAAACAACAUUACCGGAGUUUCAAAAAUCUGAAUUUCUUGUUGUGAGGCAGCAUGAAGAAUUCGUUUGGCUGCACGACAGAUUUGAAGAGGAAGAGGAAUAUGCUGGUUACAUUAUUCCGCCAUGUCCACCAAGGCCAGAUUUUGAUGCGUCGCGUGAAAAAUUACAAAAACUCGGUGAAGGUGAAGGAAACAUGACACGUGAAGAAUUUACUAAAAUGAAACAAGAAUUAGAAGCUGAAUACUUGGCUACAUUUAAAAAAACAGUAGCAAUGCACGAAAUGUUUCUAACACGUUUAGCUCAUCAUCCAGUAUUUCGAAAUGAUCAUAAUUUACGCGUAUUUCUUGAAUACGACCAAGAUUUAUGUGUUCGUGGUAAAAACAAAAUAGAAAUAUUCGGCGGUUUAGUUAAAUCAUUAUCUAAAACAACUGAUGAAUACUAUCUAUCAGCAACUGUUAAAGAUGUUAACGAUUUUUUUGAUCAAGAGUUGGCAUUUUUACAACAGUAUCACAACAAUCUUAAAGAAGCUACAUCUCGCGCAGAUCGACAAACAACGAAACAUAAAGAUGUCGCUGAUUCCUACAUCAAAAUUUCGACAAAUUUACUGCAAUUAGCGACUACCGAUUCCGGAAAAUUGGAAAGGUUUUUAACUAAAAUUGCUGAGACUUUUGAAAAAAUUCGUAAAGUUGAAGGCAGAGUUGCAUCAGAUGAAGAUCUUAAACUAUCAGAUACUCUUAGAUAUUAUAUGAGAGAUACUGCUGCAGCAAAACGUUUGCUUGUCAGAAGAUUGAAAGCUUUACAUACUUACGAAACAGCUAAUCGUACAUUAGAGAAAGCCCGUGCUCGUAACAAAGAUGUCCAUGCGGCACUGGAGGUUGCUGAGGCCGAGAAAGCUCAAACAGAAGCUUGUGAAAAAUUCGAGCAAAUGUCAGACAAAGGAAAAGAAGAACUAACAGACUUCAAAACUCGACGAAUAGCCGCUUUUAGAAAAAAUUUAAUUGAAUUAACUGAAUUGGAAAUAAAACAUGCCAAGACACAUGCGGACUUGCUCAAAAAAUGUUUACUUGUGUUGAGAGAAGAAUGAUUUCAUAAUAAUAAAUUUAUAAUAUGGGUACAAUUUCACUUAUGCUAUGCAAGCACUCGAAAAGUGCAUCUAUUUGAUAAUAAUUAUGAUAAUUAUAUAUUGUAAAGUAUAUUUUUUAUUUUUAUCUUUAAAAUGAUCUAUAUGUCAUAAAAUAAUAAUAAUAAUAAUAUUACGAGCAAAUAGAUGUAAAGUAAAAAAUUUUUUUACAAAUAAUUGUUAUAUUAAAUUAAUUUUUUUAGUUUAUUAAUUAUUAAUUUUUACUAUUUACUAUACACUAUAAAAUUUUCGGAGUAAACGCCAAUUUAAUUCGGCGUAAAUUCAAAGCGGAUGACUUUAUUUAUUGAAUAUUCUUGGAGUAAAAUUAACUCCAACCUGGAGUUUUAAUAUUCAAAUUAAAACUCCAGGUUGGAGUAAAAUUUACUCCGAAGGGAAGUCUUUUCUAAUAUUAAACUCCAGUUUGGAGUAAAAUUUACUCCGAAAAAUUCAGAUCACUUCGAAAUCACUUAUUAAAAAAAAACUUCAUAUUCACUCCGUAAAUGAAGUGAUUUUUUUUACUCCGAAACUCCGAGUAACAAAGUGAAUUCGGAUUUAAAUAAAAUCCAUAAUCACUCCGUAUUCACUCUCGAUUUUUUACAGUGUAUAAAUUUAUAGAUUAUAGAAGAUAGUAAAAAUUAUUUAAAGGAUUCCAAUGAUAUAAAUAAGUUUCUAGAAUAAAAUAAUAUGUAUUAAUUAUUAUUAUUAUUAUAAUAAUAUACUUUAUUACUUUUUUUAAAUUUAGAACUCUUUAUCUGUAAUAAAACAAAAAUAUAUAUAUAUAUAAAUAAAUGAGUAAAAAAACGA